CGCCCUGAGUCAGUCCGGCCAGGUGGGAGCGGUGAUUGGCUGCGGGGUCGGUCCUCCAGAAAACCUCUCCGGGCCCGCGUAGGCUGCACGUUCAGGGUGGGAGGGGCGCGGCGCCGCGUCUGUAGCGGCGGCUGUCCCUGUCCACCCACCCGCCGGUCUUUCCUGCAGCCCGCCUGCUGGGCAGGGCCGGCCCGGCCCGGCCAUGGAGUCCUACGACAUCAUCGCCAACCAGCCCGUGGUCAUCGACAACGGUUCAGGAGUGAUCAAGGCUGGCUUUGCAGGAGACCAGAUUCCCAAAUACUGUUUCCCGAACUAUGUUGGGCGGCCUAAGCACAUGCGAGUAAUGGCUGGAGCCCUGGAGGGGGACCUCUUCAUUGGACCGAAAGCAGAGGAGCACCGGGGGCUGCUGGCCAUCCGCUACCCCAUGGAACAUGGUGUGGUGCGAGACUGGAACGACAUGGAGCGCAUCUGGCAAUACGUCUACUCCAAAGAUCAGCUACAGACCUUCUCCGAGGAGCAUCCUGUUCUUCUUACGGAGGCCCCACUCAACCCAAGUAAGAACCGGGAGAAGGCAGCGGAGGUGUUCUUUGAGACCUUCAAUGUGCCAGCUCUGUUCAUCUCCAUGCAGGCCGUGCUCAGUCUGUACGCAACAGGACGCACGACAGGAGUGGUUUUAGACUCGGGGGACGGGGUCACUCAUGCAGUCCCCAUCUAUGAGGGCUUUGCCAUGCCACAUUCCAUCAUGCGGGUGGACAUUGCUGGCCGUGAUGUCUCCCGCUAUCUCCGGCUGCUGCUGCGUAAGGAAGGGGUCGACUUUCACACCUCGGCUGAAUUUGAGGUUGUCCGGACUAUCAAAGAGCGAGCCUGCUACCUGUCCAUCAACCCACAGAAGGAUGAGGCCUUGGAGACAGAGAAGGUGCAGUACACCUUGCCAGAUGGCAGCACACUUGAUGUGGGGCCUGCACGAUUCCGGGCCCCUGAGCUGCUGUUCCAGCCAGACCUGAUAGGGGAAGAGAGUGAGGGGCUCCAUGAGGUGCUGGCCUUCGCCAUCCACAAAUCCGACAUGGACCUUCGUCGGACACUGUUUGCCAACAUAGUACUCUCGGGUGGCUCAACGCUUUUCAAAGGCUUCGGCGACCGAUUACUAAGUGAAGUGAAGAAGCUUGCCCCAAAGGAUGUCAAAAUCAAGAUCUCAGCUCCUCAGGAACGGCUGUACUCCACGUGGAUCGGUGGCUCCAUCUUGGCCUCGCUGGACACUUUCAAGAAGAUGUGGGUGUCCAAAAAGGAAUAUGAAGAGGAUGGCUCCCGUGCUAUUCAUCGCAAAACCUUCUAGUGCCCCAGAAGAGUGGAGCAUGUAGGGAGAAUGGGAGGAAGGGGGAGCCAGAGCCCUUAACCCUUUUUGGUCUGGGCUCAUAUACUAGGCUUAGGGUCCCUUGCAUGCCCUGAACCCCCUGGGUAGGUGGUACAGGAGUGCCCUCCUGCAGCCCUCUCUCUCUCACAUACACACACACACAUACAGAAUAACAUUAGCUGCGUGGGUGGGAGUCUUGAGCUGGAUCAUAGGAGCCCAGUGUUGGGUUGUUCUGGGUGUCCCUUUGGCCAGCCAGUUAGGCCUGUGCUUCCUUUCUCCUACUCUUCGGGGCUGCUUCCUGGAGCUUACAGGCCCAGAGUGCCUGGAUGCCUGUGUGAGGAGCCUUGGGGAAUGGGUAGCAGCUCCCACAUCCAUUGCCACCUCCCCUUCUUGACCCUACAGGGCAGCCUAGACCCUUUCACACUCUGUUCUCCUGGGCAGAGCUCUGACAUAGGGCUGAGUACUGGGUAGUCUUCUAUCCCCAAUAAGGGGAUGUUGCCCUAGGGCAGACUCUUUGGAGCCAGGGCAGCAGAUGUUCAGGGGUCCCAGUUGUCAUGCUCUCCCCUUCAAAGCACUUCAUUGACUUGCUGCUCCCACCCCUUUACCCCUAGUUCCCUGGAUGGGGAAGGGUUAAUGGUCUUCAUUUGUUAAAGGAAAGCCAUUUAUUUAAUCAAGAGUGAGACCUGAGGAGGUCAGGGGACAUUUCCUUCUCCACCUCCCCAAGAAAGAGGUGUCACUUUUGCUAAGGACAGGACUCCACCUCCCUCUUCCAGAUAUGUACAAUAAUUUAUCACAGUUGCCUGAAAAAAAAUUUUUUUUUUGUAAAUCAUUAUAGUAAUAAUUAUGGACAAGGC